UAAGCUCUGCCCAUUGUUUAUGCUCCAGGGAAAGAACCGAUCCUUUAUAAACCCUAGCUAGAUGACGAAUCAGCGAUCGCCAUAGAAUCAACUUUUUAACUAACAGAAUGUCAAGUGAAAGGAGGGGGAGUCGGGCACGCCAUUAAAAGUUGUUUGUAUUCCAUAAAAUUUCCAACCACAAAAUCUGUCCAAUGAAAGCCAUCGACACCAUCCUGGAAUGCAAAAGCCAAUUUUCAUUCCCCUCUCCUCUCACAAUAAAUUCAAUCAUUAUAUCAUAUAAUCAGUGUUCUUGGCGCAAGUGAUCUGAAAAACCAUUUCAGACUAAGACACAAAAAUAUUUGUUUGAGUACUACAGUGAAUUGGAAUUAGCGGGAAUGCAGUCGCUGCAGCAGAAAGCUUUGGAAUGGAGCGGGGUAGCUGGAGAAGAUGCAUUUGCCAUAGAUGAUACCAAUUUAUACCAAAAGCUUGGACAUCAGACUUUCGUUGAUCUAUCAACAAAUUUUUAUAACAGGGUCUAUGCUGAUGAUCAAGAAUGGUUUCGAUCUAUUUUUGCAAACUCGAACAAAGAAGAUGCUAUUCAAAACCAAUAUGAAUUCUUUAUCCAGAGAAUGGGAGGUCCACCACUUUUUUCUCAACGGAAAGGUCAUCCAGCUCUUAUAGGACGCCAUAGACCAUUCCCUGUCACAAGAGAAGCAGCAGAGAGAUGGCUUCAGCACAUGCAAAAUGCAUUAGACAGUGUUCCCAAAAUUGAUGCUGAUUCAAAGACUUGUAUGCAGAAUUUUUUCAGGCACACUGCCUUUUUUCUUGUUGCGGGAAAUCAAAUGAUGAAUGAACAGCAAAGAUGUGCUCACAAUCCGCAGCAUAAACAAUGAACUGAAUUCCACAUGGAAUUACCCUCAAUGAAAAGUGAACUUGAUAUUAAUAUAGUUAAUGCUGAAGAUUAAAUUAAGUAAUGCAGGAUUGUCCAUAAAUUGGAAAUAUAUCUAAGCAUGAUAACCAAAGUGAUUAUGUAAUUGCAAGGCCUGAAUAUACGUUUCUAAUAUCAUGAUAAUCAUAUAUUUUGAGAUCUCA